AUGCGCUUUGAAGGGCACUCGAGUGACAACCUCGGCGACACAGUCAUGGCAGCCGUCAUCGUCCUCGCCGCGACGGCGCUCAUUCCGCUCGUCUCGGUCGUGUCGUUCUCGCUCUACCUCUCGUCGCACCCCGCGUCGCCGAUCCCCUUGGUCUUCAGACGCCGACAGGUCCAGCUGCCGGUGAUCGCUGAUGAGGGGCUGGCGCCGAUGCGCGAUGCGUUCGAGAUUGAGAACCCGGUCGUGUGCGUGGACGGCGAGCCCGUCCGCCCCGAGCAGUUCUGGAGGAGACAGUUUCAGCUCAAGGUUGCCCUCUUCGCCACCUACCUUCUCCCCUUGGCCGCCAACAUUGCGCUCAUGGUACUGACGAUCCUCUCAUCCGAAGGACUGGAGGAACACGUGCGUGUACGUAUGCUGCUCCUUCCCACCUUCCUUGCGCCGGCCCACCUCGCGACGCUCAUCAUGACAAUGUGGUUCUUCGGCCAGCACGAGACUAGCACACAUUGGGCCACCACGAUCCACCUGGCCGCAAACAUGUUAACCCAAUUCAUGGUCGUCGGGUUCCUCGCUAUUGUUCCGUCUACUCCGAUGCCCACAAAGCCCAUCAGCGUUGCAUCGUUCGCCGUCCAUCCGCCAGUCAGCCUCAUCUCGACCCUAACUUCGGUCCUACCACUGCUGCAGUUUAUCCCGUUGUUCAUUGUGCUCAACAUCCGCCGUGGCCCGCAAAUGUACAUUCCCAUCAAGGAACUGUUGCCGGCCAAGAUCUUCGAGGCCAUCCCUCCAGACCACCCCUGCCUCAACCCCGACAUCCCCAACGUGACCGACGAAGUGGCUGUCACGAUCCCCGAGUGGAUGCUGUUCUCGUACAGCGCCGUCCUCAUCGAGCGCUCCAAGCUCAAUGACUCGAUUGAUGUCUGGGAUCUCCCCAUGUUACAGGCCGACCAGCGAGCGCUCCCCAACUAUAUCAAGUUCAAGGCCGCGUAUGGCAAACGCUCGUACCGUCUGGGCAAGUGGGAGGGCUACAACCUCCUCUGGACACUCGCCAAGGUCAACAAGUGGCUGCUCAUCGCCCAGGCCAGUCUAGCAGCGGUCACUGGCGUCCUCUACUAUAGUCCGCAUCUGCUCCUUAACUUCUUCCUGACCUACCUCGAGAACGACCCGAGCCGGAAGAACCCUGCGUGGGGUUGGGUGUUCGCCCUUGGCAUCCUCGUGUCCAACCUCUUCGUCUACCUGAUUGCCGGCAUCAUCUAUUCAAUCGCGUCCGUCAACCUCCGGGUCCGCUUCCGUCUGCAGCUCAACUCGAUUCUGUUUUCCAAGACGCUCCGGAAGAAGGACAUUGCUGCCGUGGGCGACGACACUGGCAAGUCGACCGACAAGGACAAGAAGAGCAAGCACGACAAGGCGAAGAAGAAUGACAAGAGCGACGAAGAUGAUGAGGGGAUGUCAUCCAAGUCACAGAUCAUGACGCUCUUCACCGUAGACGUCGACCGCAUCGGCGAUUUCGUCUUCCACACUUUCACCCUCGUCGACGGGCCUAUCGAAAUCGUUGUCGCGUCAUUCUUCUUACUUAACCUCUUGGGUUCGUCGGCGCUCAUCGGACUUCUCACCACCUUGCUGUGUCUGCCCCUCAGUCACUUCGCGUCCAAGGUUGUCGUCAGGUCGCAGGAAGGGCUCAUGAAGGCGCGCGACCAGCGCACGGCCCUCAUGAACGAGGUGCUGCAGGGGAUCCGCAUGCUCAAGUUCAUGGCGUGGGAGCGGCCGUUCGAGGCGCGCGUCAACAAGAUCCGCCGCGAGGAACUUGCUUGGCAGCGCCGGAACUUCCAGAUCGAGUUUGCCUUCGACGUACUCUGGGCAUUCACGCCGAUUCUUGUCACCAUCGUCUCGUUCAUCCACUACACUGUCAUCCGUGGCGAGAGGCUCACUCCGGCCAUCGCAUUCACCUCGAUCGCUGUCUUUGACGAGCUCCGCUUCGCCCUCAAUGCGCUCCCCGAGACGUUCAUCGAGUCGUUGCAGGGCUUCGUCUCGUGCCGCCGCGUCGAAAGGUACAUGUCUCUCGCUGAGGUCAACCCUGUGACCGACUUUGACGGGGGCGACAUUGUCCUCACUAACGCAACAUUCACAUGGCCCACGGACGACUCGGCGAGUGGGCCAAAGUCAACCGCGCCGACGCCACGCCCCGCAUUCUCGCUGGCCGGCCUCACCCUCCGCUUUCCCAAGUGUAAACUAUCGCUCAUCUGCGGCCGCCUCGGCUCGGGCAAGUCGCUCCUCCUCAAUGGCCUCCUCGGCGAGGCCGACCUCGUAGCCGGCCAGGCGCGCGUUCCCCGCUCCCAGCCUGAUACGAUGAGUGUAAGCAACGGCGGCAAGCUGAUCCUCGAUGCGGACUGGCUUCUCCCCGGCAUGGUCGGAUACGUACCGCAACAGGCGUGGCUGCAGAACGCAAGCAUCAAGGAGAACAUUAUCUUCUCAGCCCCAUGGAACCGCGAGCGCUACGACGCCGUGAUCAUCGCGUGCUCGCUCACGAACGACCUCGAGAUCCUCGAGGAUGGCGACGAGACGGAAAUUGGCGAGAAGGGCGUCAACCUUUCCGGAGGGCAGAAGGCGCGUGUUUCGCUCGCACGCGCGAUCUACUCGCGGGCCAGCACACUAUACCUGGACGAUGUUCUCUCCGCUGUCGACGCGCAUACUGCCCACGCCAUCAUGGAGAACUGUAUCCGCGGCCCGCUCACUGCGGGGCGCACUGUCCUGCUCGUCUCGCACCACACGGCGCUCGUUUCGCCCUCAGCCGCGUUCAUCGUUGCGCUCGACAAUGGUGACGUCAAGUUUGCUGGCACACGCCAGGACUUUGUCAACGGAGGGCUGAUGAAGGAGCUCGAGGCCGAGGACCCCGAGUCGCAGCCGACGGCAGGCGAGGUCGCUGAAGAGAAGACAGUCGAGGAGAACAUAUCCGACGCAAAGAAGCCGACGCAUAAGCUGCUGGAAAUUAUUAGCGGCGAGCUGUCCGUUACCGGCUCCGAAACCGGUUCUGAGACCAGCACAAUCGCACCCACUGACGAGGGCACGACGCUCGACGCGUCCAGCGACAGGUUGAUCACGCAGAAGGCACCUCGCAAGCUUAUCGAGGACGAGAAGCGCGUGCGCGGCCGCAUCGCAUGGUCGGUGUGGGAGAAAUACUUCUCUGCGCUGGGCGGACCCAUCUGGUGGACCGUUUUCAUUGUCGCCACCAUCGUCUCGACGAUCGUGCCAAUCUUCGAGCGUGGCUGGGUGUCGUACUGGUCUGACGACGACGGCAAGCGGCCACAGCACAGCUCAACGUUCUACGUCAGCGGCUACGCGGCGAUCACGAUUACGGGCUGCUUCCUCACCAACCUCCCCUACGCGGUAGUGUACGUAGGAAACCUUCGCGCGAGCAGCAUCUUGCACGCGGGCAUGCUCAAGGCUGUGCUCUUUGCGCCCCUGCGCUUUCACGACACGACGAACCGUGGCCGCCUUCUCAACCGCUUCGGUAAGGACAUUGAAGGCCUGGAUUCAAAGCUGGCCAACAACUUUGGCCGCACGAUACAGUACGGCCUCAAGGUCGUGUGCACGGUUACGGUGAUCACGUACACAGGCGGGUGGCGAUUUGUCGUCGCGCUCUGCCUCGUCACGGUGCUCUACUACAACGCUGGCUCGGUGUAUGGACAGGCGUCGCGCGACAUGCGCCGCCUCGACUCGGUGACUCGCUCUCCAGUCUACUCCCUUUUCGGGGAGACCGUCUCGGGUGUCGGGGUCAUCCGCGCGUUCGGCGCAUCCACAGUCGCACUGGCAGAGAUGAUGAAGCUCAGCGACACAAACACUCUCUGUUUCGCGUGGAUGUGGACAGUAAACCGCUGGCUCUCCAGCCGUUUUAAUGUCCUCAGCUCGAUCAUGGUCGGCGUGACAGCCAUGGCGAUGCUCAUGGCUGGUGCGAGCGCAAGCGUUGCGGGCUUCUCGCUCGCGUUCGCCGGCACGAUCAUGCACGACCUCAUCUUCGUGAUCCGCCGAUUCGUCCAGCUCGAACAAAGCAUGGUCGCACUCGAGCGUAUCAAGGAGUACACCGAUGUGGUGCAAGAGGCGCCAGAGUUCGUCGAGCCACGGCCACCCGCCUCGUGGCCAGCUGACGGCGCGAUCGAAGUCGACAACCUUGUGAUCCGGUAUGCGCCCAACCUUCCCGACGUCCUGCAUGGAAUCAGCUUCAGUGUUGCACCACGUGAGAAGAUCGGCAUUGUCGGCGCGACAGGCUGCGGGAAGAGCACGCUUGCUCUGAGCUUCUUCCGCUUCGUCGAGGCGACAAGUGGGAAGAUUGUUAUCGACGGGGUGGAUAUCGCCAAGAUCGGCAUCACGGACCUGCGCUCGCGCAUCAUGAUCAUCCCACAGGAUCCCACGAUUCUCAGCGGCACACUUCGGAGUACGCUCGACGUCUUCGACGAGUACGAUGACAGCGAGAUCUACGAGGCACUCCGCCGCGUGCACCUCAUCAAGGCGGGUGAGGAGGUCGACCGCGCCGAGGCCGCAGGCUCGGACGAGGAGACGGCUGUGGCUCGCAACGCCAACGUCUUCACCGACCUUUCGUACCCCGUCACUGAGGGUGGCGACAACUUCAGCAGCGGAGAAAAGCAGCUGAUCUGCAUGGCGCGGGCGAUCCUGCGCCGCAACAAGGUGCUGCUCAUGGACGAGGCGACGGCAAGCAUCGACUACGAGACAGACGAGCUGAUUAGCACAACGAUCCGUGCAGAGUUCUCGGACAGCACGAUUAUCACGAUCGCGCAUCGGAUUCACACCAUCAUCGACUUUGACAAGGUGCUGGUCAUGCACCGCGGCACGAUCGCCGAGUAUGCGAGUCCCGCCGAGCUUCUGCGGGACACCAAGAGUCGGUUCUAUGCCCUCUGCCGCGCGACUGGACGGAACGAGUUCAGACAUCUCCGUGAGGCGGCGUUGGCGGCUGAGCAGCGGCGCGCACAGGAGACUUUGUAG